AUGCAUGAGGAUGCUAGCAAGGCAGAGGCUGCGCAUGCCAUUCAGCUGGUGGAGGCGGAGGGUGUCAUCAAGCGUGACAUCGAGAUGCUCCAAGAAGCUGUCGAUGAUGUUCGCUUGAAGGUGGAUGUGCCUGCUGAGCCGGAUGUAGAGCCCGAGUGUUGCUCAGAGAGCGGCCCUCGAACCCUCAGCCAGAUUUUAAGCGGGCACGGCUUGCACAGCUUCUCCCCACCAGACAACGACAACCAAAAGCUAGCGAUGCGGCGAGUGCGCCGGCUCAUGCCAGCUUUCAGUAGCUUUGUUCGAGAUGUUCGUGCUUCGGAGGGCUUCCUGUCACGGAGCCAGGUCUUUGGCCUGAAGCGGCCUUUGAGCGAGCACGCGCAGCAAGUGCGAGAGCUUUCCAUUUGCGCCCGCCAAGCAGAGCUGGCAGGACAUCGACAAUCUCGCGCUCAAGCCUGGGCGUCCUGCAGCGCGAUGGUUGCUGGAGAGGCAGCGAAGCGGGCUGGCAGCGAUGCUGCCCAGCAGGUGCAGACACUUCGCCCUUCUUGCACUCGCGAGUACCAGUUUGUGGCCGCGCGCAUGCACCCAUGCGGCAAGGUGCAGCCUGCCCUUGUGGAAAGGGUGUGGACCGCCAAGGCGAAGAAGACCCAGAAGGCCAAGACCGUGCAUGUCAACUACGAGGUGGAGGGCAGCAUUGAGGCUGACCGCUGCUCGUGGUGCCAUAUCUGCCUCUUGGAGCCAGUCGGCCCGGCAGAGUCUGGAGUCUAUUGGCUGCAUUGCGGCCAUGAAGCUACAGCUGUGAAUCCGCAUGGUGGGCAGAUUCUGUACGAGAUCCCACAGUGCCAACUCACAUGCAGAGAGGCGGAUGUGUACUUGCAUGUUCAGGUCAGCAAGCGGGCCUGCCGGGCCAUGGAGGAAGUGCAGGGGCAGGGCUGGGUGGUCGAGUCGUCAACAGAAGUAGCGGGCUCGCCAACAGCAACCGUUUUUACCUACGACGCCUUCCACCCAACAAAGCGCGGGAAGGAGAACAUAAUGGAGUACAUGGGUAUCAUGAAAAGCAUGUACGAUCGCGUCUCAAAGACCCCCCUGCUGAAGAGCGAUGGCACGGUUGCCCCUCUGGCGAACUCCAGACAGGGACCUCCUUUGUGGCGAGAGCUGGUGGCAAGAACCCCAGGCUUCAUUGAAAUUGUUGCAAAGCAAGGUGGCAUGCACAAGAAGCAGCCCUCCGCGGCAGAGAUCUCAAAUGGUGUGUGGGCCAAGUUUGCAGCAGUUGCACCU